AUGGCCCCUCCACAUUUUCGAUUAGCAAUUCUAGAGUGCAGUCGACCAGUUCCUCCUACUCUUGGCACAUACGGACAGGUCUUUCAGACCUGGUUGGAGGCAGCCCUUGAGGCCGUCAAUGCUUCAAGGAUCGUGACAUUCACCCUCGACGGCUACGAUGUGGUGAACGAGAUGAAAUACCCUCCUGAUGACAUCGAGUACCAUGGUGUGCUCAUUAGCGGAUCCCCAUCUUCGGCGUACGGAGACUUGGAGUGGAUCAAUAGACUCAUCGCAUACACCAAACGCAUCAUUGCAGAGAAGCCCAACACGAGGCUGUUUGGAAUUUGUUUCGGUCAUCAAAUCAUUGCGAGAGCUCUAGGUGGGACAUGUACACCCAAUGACGGCAAGUGGGAGGUCGCAGUCACUACUGUUCAACUUACAUCCCUUGGGAAGUCCAUAUUCGGGAAGGAGGAACUGGACCUGCAACAAGUACACCGGGAUCACGUCCCCACCGUCCCCUCAGGUUGUCACCUACUCGGGUCGACCGCCAUCACUCCCAACCAUGGCUAUGUCAUGUUCGACUCCAAGUCAACUCCCUCUGCGGAAUCACUUGUAUCCGAGUCACCCAGCAUAUCACUAACAUCUAUCCACAUACUUACCGUGCAGGGUCACCCAGAAUUUACUCCGAUGAUUGUGCAUGCGGUAUUGGAUUCACGCGCGAAGCUUUUUGGAGAAGCUGUUACCCGCGACGCACGAACACGAGCUGAUGGAAUACCUGGAAAACCUCGUUCCGAUGGAAGGCCUUGUGAUGGCGUCGGCGUCGUUGGGAGAACCAUUUGGGGUAUUUUGGGAGUCGCCUAGAACAUAACCUUUUAGAUAGUGUCAGUAGCUGCAUUUACGCGGUCGCGCAGGUACAACCUAGGGGUGUGAGGGUUAUGCGCUAAACUUGCCAAACGAAAUGGGUAGUUAGAUGACUUACCGACACUGCUAAGACGGUACUGACUAUAGUAACACGAGAAAUUGCUAGUUCCGAUUUUGUGCACAACACUGGGGUAUCCUGCGAAGCAAAAGCUGAUCCGCCGAAGGCUCAACGCCAUGGCUCCAACUGGAUGGUAGAGAUAGAGUGAGAAAAAGAACCAAAGCCAAUGAAGAUACAAGUCAUGUUUUGAAAAUUACAAUGAGGAUUAACAGUACGAGAAUGAGAAGAACGAUUAUCACUGUUGAAC